AUGACUGAUGUCGGGUCUCAUCACUUCGUCAAAGGCGGCUCUCAAGUGCUGGUACCACAGCCAUCCGAUGAUAAGCACGAUCCAUUGAACUGGAGUCUGAAGUGGAAGACCAUGUGUAUCAUCGCAUCUACCAUGGUGUCGUUCACCCAAGGCUUUGGCCCACUCGCGUUGGCACCCAUGUUUCCGUACUACAUGAAAGACUUCAACGCGAGUCUGGAGGAGGUCAUCGACUUCACCGGUGUGGUCAUUCUCGUUCUGGGCUUCAGCAACUUUAUCUGGGUACCCAUCAGUACAUCCUGCGGGCGAAGACCAGUGCUCAUCUUCAGCCAACUCAUUUGCUUCGCAUCUUCGAUAUGGCGAGCCAAAGCAACAACAUACUCCAGCUUCAUGGGAGCGACCAUCCUCAAUGGCAUCGGAGCUGGGCCUUCCGAGACGAUCCAACCAGCUGUGAUUGCGGACAUAUUCUUCCUGCAUGAUCGUGGGUUCUGGAACACAGUCUACUGGGUGGCCUACAUGGGUAGCUUGAUGGUUGGACCGAUCAUCAGCGGAUCCAUGAGUCUACACAUCGGCUGGCGUAGCUUCUGGUGGCUCAACACCGGUGUCGUCGGACUCUCCAUCCUCAUGGUCGUCUUCAUGUUUCCCGAAACCAAAUAUCACCGCCCGCAUCCCAACGAGAUCAUCGAUUCGACCUCCUCUCAAGAGAACUUGACCGCCGAUCGGGAUCCGUGGCUUGGGAAAGGGUCACCCAGCUGGGGCCAGUGGGGAAUCUACGCUCCAAGUCCCAACCCACUGAGAGCUGUCUUUCUCGACUUUUGGGUUCCCUGGAAGCUAUUCGCCUUCCCCAUCGUCGAGUUCUCCUCCUUCGUGGUGUCGUGGUCUUGCUCCUGCUUCCUGACCAUCAAUCUCACCCAGAGUCAAAACUUCGCCGCUCCGCCCUACAACUUCAACUCUGAGAGAAUCGGCUUCAUGAACUUCGCCAUCCUCAUCGGCGCCUUCAUCGGCCUGGGCACCGCCGGUCCCCUCAGCGACUGGGUCAGCGCCCGAGCAACGAGGAAGAACCGCGGCAUCCGCGAGCCCGAGAUGCGUCUCCCAUCCAUGAUCCCCUACGUCGCCAUCAUGAUCCUCGGCAACUUCGUCGUCGCCUACGGCUACGAGAACAAAUGGCACUGGGCCAUCAUCGUCGUGAUCGGCUAUGCCUGCGCGGGCAUCCAAGUCGCCGCCUUACCCGCCAUGGCGACGACCUACGCCGUCGACUCGUACAAACCCGUAUCGGGCAGCUUGAUGGUCUCAAUCACGGUCAACAAAAACCUGUGGGGCUACGGUUUCUCCAAGUUCCUCACGCCGUGGAUCGUCAAGUCCGGAUACGUGCCGCCCAUCAUGACGAACAUGAGCUUGACGACUUUGUGGUGCUUGUUCGGCGUCGCGUUUUACUUCUUCGGGAAGCACUGUCGGAGGUGGUCGAAGCACAGCAGCGUUCAUCGGUUGUAG